CUCUUCUUCAUUCGUAAAUUGGGCGGAUGUCGUCAUCAGGAAAUAGAUUUCCCAAAUGAAAGGAUCAAGCUGUCGGACGCGACGCCCACCGAGCUGAAGGACCUGCCAAAAAGGAUCCCCAAAGAUUCCGCCCGCUAUCACUUUUUCCUGUACAAGCACAGCCACGCUGGCAGCUACCUGGAAUCCACAGUGUUCAUCUACUCUAUGCCUGGUUAUACGUGCAGCGUCAGAGAGAGGAUGCUCUACUCCAGCUGUAAAAGUCCCCUUCUCGACACAGUGGAAAAAAAUCUUAAUAUCCAAAUAGCGAAAAAGCUGGAGGUCAGCACUGGCGAUGAACUGACUGGCGACUUCCUGUAUGAGGCGCUGCACCCCAAGCAGAAUGCACACAGACAGAACUUGGCCAAGCCUAGGGGCCCUACUGGGACGGGUGGGGUGUCCAGAAUGGUGCCCCCCCCAGGGAGAAGCAACACAAAGGACUAAAGAUACCCCCCCCCCCCAAUACGGUGACACCAAUGCCUUUAACCCUCUCAAUAACCCCAAUUUUGUCCCAUUUACUAGCAAAAAUAUGUUUUUGUGAUAUUUUAAAACUAAAAUUGAUUUGCUUUUUAAAUAAAAAAAUAACAAGAAGCUGAUUUGUAGAUUUGAACAUUAUAUGGGAAAUCAGGGAGGAAGAAAGGCUGAAGAGCAGUUUAUUCAAUAAACUGGAUUUGUGCUCAUAAAUAGGAUUUGAGCUCAUUUUAACGCCCUACAUUUUUGCUGACCAGUGUCUUUCAUUUUAGUUUCUGGCAUAUUUUUGCAGGUCUCUUGAUAUACUGUUUAAACAAUUGGUCAUAGAUUGCUGUAGGUGCUCUGUCAGUACUGUAGUUCCUAGUUCCCAGGCACUGGUACUGGCGAGAUAAGUGAUUCUGUUCAUAGUUAUUCAAAAAGGGAAAACCACUUACCUAGACAUCUUUUUGAUGUUUAUUUGUUUUAAGACAGUUAUGUUGCAGUGUUGUCUUUUCUAUAUAUUCCUUGUUUAAAAGGCAAAAAAUAAAUUUCAUUUUAACAUUGCUAA